AUGGCCCUACCAGCCUACCGCUCUCUCCUCCGCUCAGCACGCCUUGCAUUCGCGGGCGAUGCACCCCUCCUCAAAGCAGCCCGUCAAGAAGCCCACCAUGCCUUCCGCAAGAACGCCGCUCUAAGUCCCGAAGACCCUCUGCUCGCACCAGCCAUCGCACAUGCGAACGAUGUGGCGAAGAUUCUGAGGGAGAACGUCGUGCAGGGGAAGCUAGAAAAUGAUCGCUAUAAGUUACGUAUUCAUGAACAUACCGAGAGAGGCGAUAACGACACAAUCAAGAUGCCGAAUGGGAAGAAGGUGGUCAUUGAUGGGAAGAAGUGCUCUGACAAGUAG